CGUGCCGCCUCUUGCGCAACAGGCCGCACUUACCACGGCUGGUAAGCGGGCAACAUGGCGUAUUGGAAGAAUGUUUUUCUUCUGUCUGUGAUAAUAGCAAGCAGCUUUGAAGCCCAGGGCGCCAGUAAAUACACAGACGAGAAUCGACCUUAUGAGUUCGGGUUCAGCAUCGAUGGAGAACAGCAUCGACAUGAGAAGAAAGAUGAGAACGGCAUUAUCAUGGGUGAAUUUGGCUUCAUCACGGCGGAUGGAGUGUACCACGUUACAGUGUAUGCUACAGACGAAAAUGGAAACUUCAAGAUUAUAUCGAUGAAAAAUAUCCGCGUGAAACCUUAUCCAACAGCAGCGAAUGCUAAAGACACGAGAACUGGUCAUGCCCUGUCCUUAACCGCGCAAUCGCCUGCCGCUAAAACUCUAGCUGUACCUGCACAAAACACAGCUUCAUACAACCAGCCCAUCCAGAUUACUCCCCCACCUCAGCAAACUAAGAAACCUAUAAGUCCGCUUUUGGAACCUGCAAGGGCGUGCUCACAUUGCCGUUUGCCCACCACUACAACAGCUAAACCGAUAUAUCCCGAAGUAAACCCUAGUGCCGUGACGUCAAAUAACAGAGGCUUCGGUUCACCUGGUACGAACAACUUCGGACCAAACAAUUACCAAGGAACAUCCAACGUUAAUUCUAAUACUGGACUGAAUAGCAAUUCUAAUGCUGGAGCAGUAGGACCUCAAACGAAUAACGUAUAUGGUCCUAAUUCACCGAACCUCUCAGAUGGAGUCAAUUGGAUACCUAAUAAUUUACAACUACCACUCGAUACUAAUUCACAAAGUCCUGCUGAUUCAUCAGGAUUCAAUCAACAAAACCCGCCUAGCCCUUAUCAAAAUAAUAAUCAAAAUUCAAUAGGUUCAGGUUUCGCACAACCGUCUCAAGAAAGCAAUUCACAGCAAUAUAAUCCAAAUCAGCCUUCGGGUACUGUGAGUUCAGAAGGAUCAAGCUUAUCACAACCAUCCCAAGGAUUCAAUCCUCAGCAAUACAAUCCUAGCCAACCUUCAGCUGAUGAUAGUUCAAGGCAGCAGUUUGGUAAUGGACCUAGUCCUAAUUCGGUAAGCCCUGAAAAUAAUAACUACAACCAAAACUAUCCUCAAAAUGCAGUGGGUAAUUCAGGAUCAGUAUAUAAUCAAAAUAACGCAGGAGAUAGGAAUCCUAAGGUACUGAAUAGAUUCGGAUCGGAUUCAGGGGAUGAAAAUGAGAGCGGCAAUUUUGGUACUAAUCCUGAAAAGCCCGAGAAACCUGUUCUUAUAUCAGCACAAAUGCAGAUAGUCGACAAGAACACAGACGUCUACUACAAGAAGCCGGGUGAGAAAGAUGGCCUACCUAAAGGUCUCACGAAGGGUGACAUGGAGAACCUCUUGUAUACCUUCAACUACACAUUAGCAUUCCAUGGUCAUUACGAAGAGGGUUACACCAGUGGUGCCAAGCAAGGCUACUACUUUGUGACAGGAAGAAACGGUGUGAGGACAAGAAUAGACUAUGUUGCCGACGAGAACGGAUUCCGACCUAAAAUUACACAGGAAGUACUGGAUUUACUCUCCGAAGAUGUCCCGAAACCAGAGACGGAGAAGGAUGAAAAGUACGGCCUUAGAGGAUACGAGUUCAAAUGGCUUUAUUUUCCCGUUGGCUCCAAACAACGGUAGUCUUAUAUAAGUUGCUAUUAAAGUAAGUUGUUAUU